UUGAAUUCUUCUCUCAUUACCAAAAACGGUAAUCGGAGACAUUUUAAAACAAAUCUAGGGUUUUCCUUUCCCGGUAAAGUUCUUCACUUUCUCCUUCGUUACACCAUCAAAAUUAAAAUUAAAAAUCUCAACUUUAUUCUCUUUUCAACACUUCUUCGCUCCUUGAAUCUAUUCGGCUUCUUCUUCUUCUUCUGCAAUUUCUUCUUAAGGUUUAGGGAGGAGGUGGAUUGUAGUUUACCAGUCACGAAGACCACCACCACUAUGGUUUCUUGUCCGACAGAGGACGCCAUUCGAGCUUUAUUAGAAAGCUUAGUCGACCCUCUGCUUCCAUCAAAACCAACUGAUGAUGUUCCUUCGAAAUCUGUCCGAGAAUCUGUUGCCAAACAGGUUCAUGCUCUUGUGUUGCUCUAUAAUUAUUACCACAGAAAAGACAAUCCUCAUCUGGAAUGUUUGUCCUUUGAGUCUUUCCGUAGCUUAGCUACGGUUAUGAGGCCUGCUCUGCUCCAGCAUUUGAAGGAAGAUGGUGAUUCAGGACAAACCGUAUUGCUGGAGAAGGUUAUUGUGGAUGCAUGUAGCUUGUCAAUGAGCUUAGAUGCGUCUUCGGAUCUUUUUAUCUUGAACAAGUAUCCCAUAAGGAAAGUUGCUGUUCUGCUUGUUGACUCAGAGAAGAAGAAUUGUUAUCUUCAACACAGUUCCAUCACACAAGGUGUCUGGUCACUACUUGAAAAACCCAUUGAAAAAGAGAAAACUGCUAGGGAGAAUCAGAAAGAAGAGGUCGUCUUUCAGAAAGUUGCAUUUGCUGCUAUCAAGGAGGCCACAGGUGUUAAUCACAAGGACAUUGAGAUCUUGGAGAGGCAUUUGGUAUGCUCCUUGAGUGAAGAGAAGGCAGCAGUCCGCUUUUACAUAAUGAAGUGCACUUCACAAGACAAAUUUUCUGGAGAAAAUCCUGUCGAAGAAGUGCUUAGUUGUAUGCAGGGUCCUUUAUUUGAGAAGAGCUUCUCUGACUGGACUAUGAAUUCCAUAGUGGAAUACUUUCAUGUUCUUCCAUAUGCCAGUCUCAUUGAGGAUUGGUUUUCCAGGCGAGGAGAUACUGAAUCUGUGAUAGAGAAAGAACCAGAAUCUGUAUGUGAUGAUAUCGAAAGCAAUGGCAAGGCUGAUGCAACGAAGGAGUCGGAACUUUCCGACAUUUUUAAAAGACGAGAAAAUGCUGCUUUAAAAAGGAGAUAUGAAAUUAAAGCCAAAAAAGUUGCCGCUCUACUUAGCAAUCCUAGAGCUAGAGGAAAAGCUACUCCGAGGUUACAAAAUCGGUACUUAAAAGGAAGUACAAGUGUUGCGAAGGAACCUAAUGUUCACUCGGAGACAGUAUUUGCGUUGAAUGCUAAGAAUGUAGAUAAUAAAAUGAGCCCUUGUAAGGAUAGCUAUUCGAAUGGAGAGAAAGGUGGUUUCGAGGUUGCGUCUGACCCAAAGGAUCUCAAAGAAAGAGGUAUCCAGAGGAAGAAAGCUGUUCCUGACAGACUUAAUAGCAUUCUUAAGCUUAAUGCAACUCCUGUUUCUGCUCACAACGCUAAUCUAAACCUUGAGGAGCUACAGACGUCUCUUCUUUCUAAAGCAACAUCUCUAUCCGAAACUGCACUGAAAGUUCUUCAUUGCAAACGAGAUAAACUGACUCGUCAACAGCGGAACAUAGAAGACGAGAUUGCUAAAUGUGAUAAAUGCAUCCAGAACAUCAAAGGUGAUUGGGAGCUGCAAUUAGAAACAGUACUCGAGUGCUGUAACGAGACAUACCCGAGGCGUAUGCUUCAAGAAUCUCUUGACAAGUCAGCAUGCCAAAGCAACAAGAGGCUGAAGCUCUGUGAAACACUUCCUACUACUAAAAGUCUGUGUCAGAAACUCGAUGAUAUCUGUCUCGUGAAUAACUGGGUACUACCAAACUAUCGUGUGUCUCCAUCAGAUGGUGGAUAUGAAGCUGAAGUAACAAUCACAGGGAAUCAUGUCGCUUAUACAAUACAUGGAGAGGAAAAGUCUGAUCCUGAGGAAGCUAGGGAAUCUGCGGCAGAUUGCUUGCUAACUAAGUUACAACACAGCACAACAGCCAACUUGUCAUGAUUUAGUGAGAUUCAAGAGCACCUCAGAAACCAAACUAACUUCCAGCAUAAGUAGAAAACAACCCUGAUUUUGAUAUGUAUGGGCAUUUUGGAGGAAUGUAUAAAACAAUAGCAAGAUUUGUACCAACUCCAUUCUCCGGUUCAGACUUUUAGAUAUAUUACAAGAAAUCAAAGGUAUUAACUGAUGCAGUAA